CUCAGUCUGAGUCUGGCGGUUACAAGCUAAGACAUGUUUUCCCGUCUUCGCAAGCGUUUUGGGAGGGGGAACGUCGAUUCUGGAGAGACUAAAGUGAAGGAGUCUGGCCUUUCGUCUCAAAGUAAUGAUGGACAAAGACAGCACUUCUGGGGAUUGUUGAAUGCUGGGAGAGAAACAUCUUCCCCUGAAACUGCCCCAAGCGAGAAUCAGGCCAAGAAGGAAAAAGAGAGGCUGAUUAAAGAGCUGCAGCUCAUUACCGAGGAGAGAAAUGACCUGAGAGAUCGCCUGAGGUUUCUGACAGAGAGAUCCAAAAACAACAGGCCACACUUCAGGCCAAAUGCAUAUUAUGAAGACCUGGAGAGAAUGGAGGAGGCGGUCAUGUCAAUUCUGCACAACUUAGAGAUGGAGAACACUGAGAUCCAUGAGAACAACCAUAAGCUGAAGAAGGAGAUUACCUUCUCUAGGUAAGUCCUGGUCAGAAAGGCUGUCACCUGUGGAAUGGCCAUUUCUGACUUCUUUGUUCUGGAUUGGACGGUCUUCAGCUCUGGUUCUAUCUCUUGUGCUGUUUACACAUCAGUGUGCCAGGGUCAUCAGGACUCAGUUUUCAGUUUCAUAAAAGACUGUUACUCAUCCCAGGAUUGUCUAGGCAUCUUCAGAAGGCUCUAGAUAGAACAGCACUGAUUGAAGUCAGCAGAACGUUAUUAGGCUGACCUGGGCCUCUGGGGUCAUACCAGGUUACACAACACUCAGUGUGUGGAACACAGGGUUAGCAUGACCUUCUCUUGGUUCUACUGACCUCUUUUGCGGGUGUUUGCCAACUACUAAUUGAUGUUGCCCCAUGCAUUGGGCUUUCAUGGAUAGUUGUAGAUCCAUGUUCUUUUUGAGAGAUGUGGACACUAAUUGGUGCUCGGGCCAAGCAAACAAUUUAUUCUUCCCUGAAUUAACUCUUUGUGGUUUGUGCAGCAGCAUUAUGUGUAUCGAGAUGUAUUUUAUUAAGUCUUCAUGGGUAUCUGGGACCUGGUAGAGUUAGUGGGACUUGGGAGUAGGAAUGGGAGAAAGGGGCAGCAUGAUCUUACUAUGCAGACUGUAUUUCCAGAAACCUGCUCAGCCAGCUCCUGAUGGAGAACACAUGUAGGAAGAAGUUGGUCCCACGGAAGCAGGGGAGCAAGGAGGGACAUCUUGAGUGUGCACUGAACCAGAAAUAUUUGGUUGACUUCAACAAGAAAGAUAAAGACCAGCAACGUCCAGACCCAGCAUCAUCAGGUACGGAUGAGCAGCUGUUAGCUUAACAAUAUCUGAUAAAAUUUGCCAAUUUGAUACAUCUUUGCUCUCUCCUACCACCUUUCUAAUUUACACACACAACCCGCCAACCACCUCAUGUAAUGGAAUUGUUCAUUGCUCUGCCUAUUCACAAGUAUUCUGGGAAGUCAACCACUUUUCAGAGACUGAAUUAUUUUGCAAGUAUAUUUUGCUGCUCUUUUUGAAGCUGCAUUAUAGAAAUGGUGACAGAUCAAUAACAUAUCACAUUAUUGCACAUGCACGUGAUAGAUUGGAUGCUAUGUAGAGUUUUGAACAAGUUCUUGGUUCUUGACAAAUGUCAAGUUUUCAUGUGACUUCUUGUGUAGGAAGCACCUUUCCGGGAUAAGAACCAAGUGCAAAUGUCAAAUUAGUACUUGUCAUUGGCUUUAACCUUGGUGACAUAUGGACAUCUCCUUUCUUCCUGCAACCCAAUGAGGUCCCUUCCAUUGCCCUGUUCUUGGUUUGCACUGGUAUAUGUCUGGGUCCCAUAUUGGCAGCCCACAUUACUGUGAGGCUCUCUGGAGAUUUUCCCUGCCCACAGAGUUAGCAACAAUGAUAUCAGUUAAAAGGUCCAUGUUGACUGUCCAGUAGAACUGAGGUGUUAGAAGGCAGCAUUCUGACAGCUGGCUUGCGUUUCACCACCAAAUCAGUGUCUGAAAAACUGCCUUGCUCUUCCAGGUCUCAGAAAGUGCAAGAGAGCUGGAAUUGGACACACAGCAGUAAGAGAGCUUCCUGAAGAAUAAGUUGCUUUCUCAGGAGUCCCUGAUGACAAACAUCCUGAACGGUAACAACAAUUUUUGGAUGAGUAUUCUUCCUCAGAGUUAAUUUGUCAUUUCUUAGAAACCCUAAAUUUAUAUAACACUAAGCCAGCCUGACUGAUUGAGGUCUUACUCACUUUCUUCUUCAGAAAACACCACUUGAGAGACAACUUGGGGGACCGCCUUUCAUUAUGUGUGCUAGAGGAGAAACAGCAAUACAUCUGUGCUUCUAAAUGUUCGUUAAGAAUAUGCUGUUUAGAAAUAUUUUUGUUAUGAUUUUAAUUGAAGUUUUCUUUUUGUUGUUUCAUAUUUAUAUGUUCUUGUUACUGUUUUUCACUUUCCAAUAUUUUUAAAUAUUUUUAUUCAUUCAUUUUAAUCCUGUUUUGUUGUAAAAAUGUAUUCAUUAUGAAUAAAUAUUGAUUUCUAUCUCUUGACUCUUAAGACCAUCAUUCUUAUUCAAGGGUUCUGUCCCCUCCUGAGGGCUUAGAACUGACAGCUAGAGAUGGAUCUCUGCAUGUUCCAUGGAGCCUGGGCUAAUAAGUGAAUUCAGAGUCACCAAGGGGUACUCAGUGUGACAGUGUCUUUUGUGUGGAUAAUGUGGCUUUUUCUCGGCACACACUUUAUUAUAUAAUCACUGACAUGCUUUACCCAAUUGUUAGGGUCCAUGUGGUUCUUCUGAGAGAGCAGCAGAUGCCCUACCCUGUGAGUCAUCACCACAGCUCCUGCAGGUGGCUUCUGUUAUUCCACAUGAGGUCCUGUAUUAGGUGGACAGGAUCACCUCCAAUUAAAUAGAGAGAUCUCAGGAGAUGUGUUUUCACAGUGACCUUACUGAGCCGUGCAUGCUCAACGUGUUAGGUUGCCAGGCAUCCGUACAGGGCUCUGGUGUUCCCACUGCUCAUUGUGGGUCAGGAUCAUCCUCCAGCAUCACUUAGUUUCCAUAUUAGAGCAGAUCUUUCAACUGUUAUAAAUGAUGACCAUAUGUAUUGUGCACAACUGAUAAAAUACAGAAAAGAAGCUAGCUUCUUCUAGACCAACUUGGCAUAAUCAGUUUUUUGAUUGUUAGCAAGAAAAUUAUUUUAAUCUGAGCCAUUUAGGGAGGAACCUCAAGAGCAUACAUAGUGAAUGUAGCCUGCAGCUGUGAACACAGGUUUCUUCUGGAGAGCAGGCCUGUGCAAGCCCAGAACCUAGGUGGGACAGUUCAAGCUACCCUUUUUCCAUGGCCAAUCUGAGAUCGUAUUGAGAAUGUAUUUUUUCCAGUGACUGAUUUCCAAUUUAUGGAAUUGAACUAACUUACUGAGAGUGGAGGUGACUCAGAGAGUUAAAGUACAGAAGGAAUAAUCCAGAAUGUCCACAAAAGCUUGCUGUCACCCCAGGGCUUUUAAAAGCUCAGCAGCUAGAGAAGCAAUGUAGAAUUUCGUUAUUCUCAUGCUUAGGUCUAGUCAUUCAUUAUAAGCUGACCAUGACACAAAAAGUGUCCUCUGUGUCAUGAUAGAAACUAGUUGUAACUAGAUUCACCCCACACUAUCACAUCACUACCGUAUUUGAGGUUCUCAGUUACUAUCUAAGAACCUGGAAGAGACCUGGGUCUUGCUACACAAACUCAUGAUUUAUGUCUUCAUGACACUGUGUGCUUUGUUCUGUUAAUUCUACCAUUGGCAUACAACACCUUGGAUACUUUGUACUAACAUCUGUGACAUGAGACAAUAGUUCAUGUCAUGCCUAACCUAAUAAACUGUCCUUAGAGUACAGUGUAGACCAGGGGCCUUCUUUUCCUAUGAGAUAGCAAACCAUUUCCAGUCUUCAGUCAAGACUGACAGCCAUUGUCCAGUGCCUGCCUUGAGAUGUCCACAUUUUCACCUGAGAAUCUUCAUCCAGGCUGCUCUGUAAUCUUGUCGAAGAUUAAUUGUGUUCCAUCCCUAGGAUUUAAUUCAGUGUCCCUGUACUUACCCGACAUGCUCAAAGCUGUAGGUCCUACCCUAACCCUGUGUUCCUUAGAGAGAAAGAAAAUAAAGAACCACAUUGCACUUGAAGUUUCUCCUCCAACAAAAGUUGAGCCUGCAUAGGGCCUUUAAGUAACUCUAAGCCCCAGCUUCCCCACAACUCCCUCCAUUGAUUCCAUUAUUGAUGUGUUUCAUAACUGCUCACUUUAUUUUUGGUGUGUAAAGAAUGUGCACCAUGUCAGUAAAGGCGGUGUGCGUUUGUGUGUGUGUGUCUGUGUGUGUGUGUGUGUGUGUGUGUGUGUGUGUGUGUAGUCCCUAGUGAAAACUGUCCAGGUGCAGGCAGACUCAUGUUACUACUGUCUCAUGGCACGCAGGGAGCACUGAAAUCGUGGGCUACUUUAAUACAGCCUAAACCGCGCUGUGCAUGGUUUGCAGUGAGAUUGUGAUGUCAUCCCCACUACAGAGAGAAGCAUAAGCUUCAUUAUUACAUGCUGCUCUUAACAAGGUGAGGCAAAGCCUCAUCUUAUAGAGUGUGUGGUAGGAUUUGAUGGCAGGAAAUUAAUUCAAGGCUCAAAUCAAAUCAAUCAAUUACAAACAAGGAGAAAAAUACAAAGAGUCAAGGGAACCACGAGCUGUUUGUAGGUUUUUUUGUUUCUUUGUUGGUUUGUUUGCUUGCUUUUUUUUUGUUUCCUUUUUUUUUUUUCUUUUUUUGUUGAGAAUAUCCACCAGACACACAACCUGUUCCUGAAACAAACUGCACACCAGAGAGACAAUACCAAAACUGACAAAAUUAGAAAUGAAAA